AUGUUGCGUCAUGUAAAGGAAAGAGAACAUCAAAGAGACAGUGGUAUUGCGGAAAAGAGUGGUAGUUUGAUAUUCUGCUGUACCUAUCAGCGCGGUCACACACACGUUGAAGCCUUUACUGACUACCUUCCUCUCGGUCGUUUCGCCGUCCGUGACAUGAGACAGACCGUCGCUGUCGGCGUCAUCCAUCGCCACUCGCGCUCGUCCUUCUGGGUCCAAUCCGUGUCGAAAAAUAGAGAUUACCAAAGCCCGGCGCAUCCAGAAUCCAUCUCAUGGUUGUUCUUAGUGAUGUUGGAAAUGUUGCUGUGA